AUGCUAUAUGGACGACAACUUAUUUUACCAGAUCUUGGCAAGUCAGGUCAACUGAAACUCAAAAAUACUUCAAUAUUGAUCGUGGGUGCUGGAGGUUUAGGAUCACCUGCGGCUAUUUAUCUUGCUGCUGCUGGAGUUGGCAAACUUGGAAUAGUUGAUUACGAUAAGGUAGAAAAAUCCAACUUACAUCGCCAAAUAAUUCAUAAUGAAACACGGGAAGGUAUUUCCAAAGCACAAUCGGCAAAGAUGACUAUCGAGGGAUUAAACUCUUUAUGUAACUGCGUCGCAUACGAAAUACUCCUGGAUAGUUUAAGUGCAUUAGAAAUAGUUCAACAAUAUGAUAUAGUUGUGGACGCGACUGAUAAUGUUGCCACGCGAUAUCUUCUUAAUGACGCGUGCGUGAUAUCUGGCAAACCUUUGGUCUCUGGUAGCGCCUUACGUAUGGAUGGUCAAUUGACUGUAUACAAUUAUAAAGGGGGACCUUGUUAUCGAUGUUUAUUUCCCAAGCCACCUCCACCAGAGAGCGUAUUAAAUUGUGCUGAUGGUGGAAUUUUAGGAGUCGUGACUGGAGUUAUUGGGUGUUUGCAAGCAUUGCAAGCAAUCAAAAUCGCUACAGAAAAUGACGAAAGCCCUAAUAACCUUUUGAUUUUUUCUGCUACAUCGUAUCCACUUUUUCGGUCCAUAAAAUUGAGAUCAAAAAAGAAGGAUUGUGUUAUAUGUGGUGAUCACCCAUCUAUAACUAAAUUGCAAGAUUAUGUUCAGUUUUGUGGUAGUGGUGCAUUAGAUAAGUCGCCUUCAGUGAAGGAGUUAGGACGCGAAGAUAGGAUUGAACCUAAGGUAUAUCAUAACUUGCGAAAUGAGACACCUCAUGUUUUAAUAGAUGUGAGAGAAACCGUGCAAUAUGAAAUUUGCAGUCUACCUAGUUCAAUUAAUAUUCCUUUGAAAGAUCUUCCCAAAAGAAUUGAAGAUGUGAAAAAAUUAUUAGAAACGCCAAAUACAUCAGUAUACGUGAUUUGUCGGUUAGGAAAUGACUCACAACAUGCAGUGAAUAUAUUGAAAAAUUAUUUGAAAGGUGAAGUUAAAGAUAUAAUUGGAGGAUUAUAUAAAUGGUCUUUAGAGGUUGAUCAAGAAUUUCCUAUAUACUAA